GCAAUUUGUCUGCUGCAGGUAUAUUCUGAUGCUUGCAAACCUCUUGAUCCGGGGUACUUUCCGUGUAGAGACGAACAAGGAUGACCUCGAAGCGUCUCCACAUCCGAAGACCAGGUUCGCGCAGAGACUGCGCGAAAUACGCAGCCAGUAGUCAACAUGACCACAAUGUUCCUCAUGGCUUGGUCGACACGCCUAAAAUACGCGCUGGUCGGGCUGGCGGAAUGUCAGGAGGCGGUCGUGGAGGGAACUGCUUCGCCCAACGAGCUGGACGCAGAGCGAUACAUGGGCACUGAUGCAGGCACUCUUGUCGCCAUUGCAGACCGCUCUACCCUAAAACUCUCAUUUUUGAGACCUCCUCUCCGCCAAUUCAUACACGCCACCCGCUACCCUCGCCCAACCCAUCAAGAACACGUCCAUCAUGCUCUCUUCCCUCGUCGUAGUAAGCGAGUGGCUGCACUACUCCUCGCCGCUACGAGUUUCCUCCGGUGCGACGAAUGAGUACUGGUGAUUCACCGGAAACACCGCGCUACAAGGGAAGCGGACAGGACGCGCGACUGGCGGGGUGGUAUCGUGAUUGUACCUGGAUGCGGUGAACAGGAGCGGCGAGGAGGGAAACGGCCUGGGCCCAGACGAUGC